GGAGUCGCUCGCCCAGAUGAGUCGAGGAAUGUAAGAAGACAAGGCGACACCGAUGGGACAAAAUGUCCCCUGAGCCAAACGCUGAAACCACAGCAGUGUCCUGCGGAUCCCUGUGGACAAGGACCUCCGGUGAAUCCGAGGCAAAGCCGAAGCAGAGCCAGACAUCCCAAGCACCUUCAACACGGGGCCAACCGCUCAACAAAGACUGAAGCUCUCACGGCGACGCAGAACCAACAUGCUCCCGUCAACCUCCCAAUACAGCAGACUGCAAUGGUUACUGACCAUGGCCGGGCUGCUCCUCUACGUGGUGGAUAUUGGAACCGACGUCGGACUGGCCCUGCAAUAUUUCAGACACUCGGAUUUUGUCUGGGCUGGACUGACUGUUGCGUUCGUAUUGGCGGGGCUGCUUGGGACGCAGAUCUUCAGUUAUGCCUGGUACAGAGAGGAUAUUACCAACUGCAUGACCGACCGUGAGGGGAACACACCCACGUUGACUGGCUUCACCGCCCUUCACUUAUUCGGCAUGGGCAUGUUCACCAGGUACUACUACCUGCUGACGGGUGGGUAUCGUGCGGUCUGGACUACGGCGUCUGACAAUGCAGAGGAAGAGAAGGGGGAGGUGCACCCGGCUCUGUUUGGCCAGGCCACCGACCUGAGCAUGCUCAAACUGUUCGAGGCCUUCCUGGAAAGUGUUCCUCAGCUCCUCCUCCAGCUGUACAUCAUCAUGCUGGGCCAUGAAGAGCGCUCAGUCAUACAAUACAUUUCCAUGGCGUUUUCCCUUUUCAACGUCGCCUGGACUUUAGUGGACUACCGCCGCUGCCUGCGCCGAUCCCUGCCCCUCUUCCAGACGACGCCCUCCUGCUUCCCCACAGUCGUUUACCUCCUCUACAAGCUCUUCACCAUCACCGCCCACGUCCUCGGCUACGGCCUCCUCCUCAUACUGAGCCCUUACAGCACCGUGGGCCUCGCCUCGAUUUGGCUUCUUGGGACGGUCUGGGCUCACUUCCUUCGGACCGACUUCUGCAAACGGAGGAUCCUGGAGUGGCUGUACAGGGCGAUCAUAGGAUUCAUCCUCACGUUCACGUUUUUCAAUGUCAAAGGACACAACACCAAAGCAGCCAUGAGCCUCUACUACUUUUUCCACGGCCUCGUUAACAUAGCCGCCCCCGUACUUCUGGUACUGCUGAAGCGCGAGACGCAGGCGGCGAGGUACUUCUUGCCCGUCGCCUCCGUGAUCUACGGAGGAACGGUGUCGGGCCUGGCGUGUCUCACGGCGUACUACACCUUCCUACACCCCAGGGAGACGUCGCGUGAGGCAGACGAGCUGGACGGCAGAGGCAACCGAACGGACGGCGAGCUGAGAAUAAGGAAGUUCCUGUGGCCUUGAC